AUGCGUCUUCUUCUCUCGAUUCUUCUUCUAAUUAUUCCCCUUUCUUCCUGUUUCGGUAUUCAGAAAAAGCAAAAUGUUGUAAAUUUUUCUCUGAAAUCUCUGGACAAAUCAAGCACUUUCGAUUCACUUGAUAUUCUAAACAAGAACUUUGAAUCGAUUACGAAAUAUGUGAAUUUCAAUGGAAACUCCUCAAAACUGAAUGGAAGAAUCAGAUUGAACGAAAAUUUGGAGAAGAUCAUCUUGAGAUUAGCUAACGAACGAAUUGAACAGAAUGAAUUGUUGGUGUCUCUCGGUAAGAAAAACUCGAGUUACAUGACAGUCCACACUGAUUCCUAUAGAAUGAAGAUCUUCACUUCGAAACAAAUUGUUGAGAAAGAAAUAAUUCUCCAAAAAUCUGAUCCAAAUGGUUGUCAAUGUGCCCAUGGAAAUUGUGCAUGCUGUGCUGGUAUCUCAGUUCCAGAAUUCAGACAUUCCGUCUGUGUAAAUGCUACAUACAAUCCAGUCACAAUCGGAUUAGACUUGUCGAUUGGAGUGGAUGGACACUAUUUCAGUGAAGAGAUCUCUAUCCGCAAUCCUCCUCCAAUAUGCUUCUCUCUUCCAAUUCCUGGAGCAGAACACAUCGCUGGCGUCUGUGUUGCUUUUACAAAAUUGGAUUUGGAUAGAAAAGCUAAAAUUCUUUCCGGUUGCAUGGAUUUCGAAGUCGAGUUGAUCCACUUAAGAGUUCUCAGUUUCCACUUGGGAUGCUUCAGAAUGCCGAUUUGA